CUUGAUCUGUCGCUGUCCGAGUCCAAGUCCCUCGCCCCCCAUCCGCACCAAGCCGCUGAUCCAACAUGGCGAGAAACGAGGAAAAGGCCCAGUCAAUGCUGUAUCGGUUCCGAGAGGCCCAGGAGGCAGAGCUCGGAAUCAAAAAACAGAAGCAACGCCGGCCCUAUUUGGCCUCCGAAUGCGACGAUGCCAGCGAGGCUCAGAAGUGGCGAUACCAGAUCAUCGGCGAGAUCUCCAAGAAGGUCUCGAAGAUUCAAGACACGGGCCUGACCGAGUUCCAGAUUCGGGAUCUGAACGACGAGAUCAACAAGCUGUUUCGUGAAAAGCGGCACUGGGAAAACCGCAUCGUGGAACUGGGAGGACCGGACUACCGGAAAAGCGCACCCAAAAUCACCGACGACGAGGGCCGUGAGGUCCCAGGCAGUCGAGGAUAUCGGUAUUUUGGGCGAGCUAAAGACCUUCCCGGCGUCAAGGAGUUGUUUGAAGCUCCAGCCGGUCGGCAGUCUGCCCGUAGUCGUUUCGAGAUGUACAAAUGCGUUGAUGCCGAUUAUUACGGAUACCGAGAUGAAGAUGACGGCAAGCUGCUGGCGUAUGAGAAGCAUGCCCAGAAAAAUAUCGAUCAAAGCGAACAAGAAAUCGACGUGAACACGGCAUCUCAAGUGCCAGUAUCAACCGAGGGGCCCGGUGCAUUCCUCCAGUUCGGCGGGCUUGCGAUUCCGAGUCAGAAGGAAGUCGAAGAGUGGCUUGUGCGCCGCAAGCGUCAGGAACUUGUGGAGCGAUACCUCGACGACAAGAACACACUAAGCGCCCAGCAGUCUUCGUAGAUUCCGGCAGCCACAGGAGCCUUACCCUCGACCGCAGAUUAGUCUGCCAGUUCGCCGCGAUCACAUCAGCCGCGCGAUGCCUCUGUUCUCCAACCCGACUGCGGAGUGAGCGACUGCCGCGAUCCAGCAGCGACACCGGUGCGAUGGCGAGCCCUGCUCAGCUUUGGCGCUCUUCACCGGGGCUCACUCGCCUCAAUACAUGCGGGGCGCACCGACCAGCCCCCCCCCAGGUCUCGACCAC